UCGCGCACACUCUCCCUGCUGCGGACGCUGCCGGUCUAGCACUCCUCUGGAGUUUCCAUGGAGACCGAAGCCGGGCCUGCGCGGCCUCGCGACGUUGCCAUGGAGACAACUCCGGGGCUGGGGCUCGGAAGCUCCGGCGCAUCUCUAGCUCAGAACCCAGCGGAGCCGCUGUGCGAGACCAGAGCCGCCGUGGCGGCGGCACGCUGGGACCUACGGAAACACUCUUUGCUUAUCGUAAUCGGCGAUAUCUGCACAGAGAGCCAGCUGAGGGCCGUUCGGGCCCACCUUGAACAAGGAAUUCUCUCCUGGAACAUUGACUUGUCAUCCUUUGACCUGAACCAACAGUUGAGACUCUUCAUUACCCGGCACCUAGCUCACUUCUCCUCAGAGGUCAAAGGCCAGAGGACCCUCUGCCACCAGAGUGAGAUCCUAGAGACCAUCAUCCUGGUAAACCCCAGUGUAGACAGCAUCAGCUCUGAGGUUCAUCAUCUCCUUAGCAGCCCAUCAGCUCACAAACUACUGAUCUUAAGUGGACAAAAUAUAGAGCCUGGGGGAGACCUCAUCUUACAGAGUGGUACCUACUCCUACCAAAACUUUGCCCAGGUCCUUCACAACCCAGAGAUUGCCCAAUUACUCAGCAAUAGAGACCCUGGGAUCCAGGCAUUCCUCACUGUGUCCUGCUUAGGAGAGGGUGACUGGAGCCACCUGGGACUGUCCAGUUCCCAAGAGACCCUGCACCUUCGACUAAACCCUGAGCCCAUGCUACCCACCAUGGAUGGUGUGGCUGAGUUCUCCGAGUACGUCUCUGAGACUGUGGAUGUGCCAUCGCCCUUUGAUCUGCUCGAACCCCCCACCUCAGGGGGCUUCCUCAAGCUCUCUAAGCCUUGCUGCUACAUCUUCCCGGGUGGCCGUGGGGACUCUGCCCUCUUUGCUGUCAAUGGUUUCAACAUCCUAGUGGAUGGUGGUUCUGAUCGUAAGUCCUGCUUCUGGAAGCUGGUACGACACCUAGAUCGCAUUGACUCAGUGCUGCUCACGCACAUUGGGGCAGACAAUCUGCCAGGCAUCAAUGGACUCCUGCAGCGCAAAGUGGCUGAGCUAGAGGAGGAACAGUCCCAGGGUUCCAGCAGCUACAGCGACUGGGUGAAGAACCUCAUCUCCCCAGAGCUUGGAGUUGUCUUCUUCAAUGUGCCCGACAAGCUGAGGCUGCCUGAUGCCUCCCGGAAGGCCAAGCGCAGCAUUGAAGAGGCCUGUCUCACUCUUCAGCACCUAAACCGUCUGGGCAUUCAGGCUGAGCCUCUGUACCGUGUGGUCAGCAACACUAUUGAGCCACUGACCCUAUUCCACAAAAUGGGUGUGGGCCGGCUGGACAUGUAUGUCCUCAACCCUGUCAAGGACAGCAAGGAGAUGCAGUUCCUCAUGCAGAAGUGGGCAGGCAAUAGUAAAGCCAAGACAGGCAUUGUGCUGGCCAAUGGGAAGGAGGCUGAGAUCUCGGUGCCCUACCUGACCUCUAUCACUGCCCUGGUGGUCUGGCUACCCGCCAACCCUACUGAGAAGAUAGUGCGUGUGCUUUUUCCAGGAAAUGCUCCUCAGAACAAGAUCUUGGAAGGCUUGGAAAAGCUUAGGCACCUGGACUUCCUACGCUACCCCGUAGCCACACAGAAGGACCUGGCUGCUGGGGCUAUGCCUGCCAAUCUGAAACCCAGCAAAAUCAAACAACGAGCCGACAGUAAGGAGAGCCUCAAAGCUGCUCCCAAGACAGCAGUGAGCAAGCUGGCCAAACGAGAGGAAGUGGUAGAAGAGGGAGCCAAGGAGGCCCGCUCAGAGUUGGCCAAGGAGUUAGCCAAGACAGAGAAGAAAGCAAAAGAGCCAUCUGAGAAGCCCCCAGAGAAGCCUGCCAAGCCUGAGAGAGGGAGGACAGAGUCGAGUGAGGCAUUAAAGGCAGAGAAGCGAAAGCUAAUCAAGGACAAGGUAGGGAAGAAGCACCUUAAAGAAAAGAUAUCAAAGCUGGAAGAGAAAAAAGAUAAAGAGAAAAAAGAGAUUAAGAAGGAGAGGAAGGAGCUCAAGAAGGAUGAAGGAAGGAAGGAGGAGAAGAAGGAUGCCAAGAAGGAGGAGAAGAGAAAAGAUACCAAACCUGAGAUCAAGAAAAUUUCCAAACCAGACCUGAAGCCCUUUACACCUGAGGUACGUAAGACCCUCUACAAAGCCAAGACCCCUGGAAGAAUCAAGAUGGACAAGAGUCGAGCUUCCCGUGGGGAGAAGGAACUGUCUUCUGAGCCCCGGACACCCCCAGCCCACAAGGGUGUUGCACCACUUCCAACUGUCAGCGGGCACAGGGAACUGGCCCUAUCCUCACCAGAGGACCUCACACAGGACUUUGAGGAGAUGAAGCGUGAGGAGAGGGGUUUGUUGGCUGAACAAAGUGACAUAGGACUAGGAGAGAAACCACUCCCUAUAGAUACUACCACAGAGGUACUCCCAAGUACAGCUUUCCAGGAAACACAACCCUGUGUCACAGGACUACAGCCAGAAGAGCAUGUGAUAAAAGAGAAAGAGGUUGUUCCAGACAUCCCUGUGGAACAGGGCAGCAAAGACAAAGGCCCAGACUCUGGGGCUGAAACAGAGGAAGAGAAAGACACCUGGGAGGAAAAGAAGCAGAAGGAAGCAGAGAAGCUUCCAGAUAGAGCUGAAGCCAGAGAGGAAAGUGAACUGGAUGUAAAAGAGGACGUGAUAGAAAAGGCUGAGGUAGAAGAAAUGGAGGAGGUUCACCCUUCAGAUGAGGAGGAAGAGGAAGAGACAAAGGCUGAGAGUUUUUACCAAAAACAUAUGCAGGAAGCCUUGAAGGUAAUCCCAAAGGGCAGGGAGGUUCUCGGGGGCCAGGAACUGGGACUUCAGGGCAAGGCCCCUGAGAAGGAGACUUCGUCAUUCCUAAGCAGCCUGGCCACACCUGCAGGAGCCACCGAGCAUGUCUCUUACAUCCAGGAUGAGACAAUCCCUGGUUACUCAGAGACUGAGCAGACCAUCUCUGAUGAGGAGAUCCAUGAUGAGCCAGAGGAACGCCCAGCUCCACCCAGAUUCCCUACAAGUAUGUAUGACCUCUCUGGGCCUGAAGGUCCCAGCCCCUUUGAAGCCGGCCAGCCUGCAGAGACUGCCAUCCCUGUCACCUCGAGCAAAGGUUAUGGAGCACCUGAGACUGAACUCACCUAUCCCCCCAACAUGGUUGCUGCCCCUUUGGCUGAAGAGGAACAUGUGUCCUCAGCCACUUCAAUCACUGAGUGUGACAAGCUUUCAUCCUUUGCCACAUCAGUGGCUGAAGACCAAUCUGUGGCUUCACUCACAGCUCCCCAGACAGAAGAGACAGGCAAGAGCUCUUUGUUGCUCGACACAGUUACAAGCAUCCCCUCCUCCCGCACUGAAGCCACUCAGGGCUUAGACUAUGUGCCAUCAGCUGGUACCAUCUCACCCACUUCUUCACUGGAAGAAGACAAGGGCUUCAAAUCACCACCCUGUGAGGACUUCUCUGUGACAGGGGAGUCAGAGAAGCGAGGAGAGGUCAUGGGGAGAGGCUCGGCUGGGGAGAGAGCUGUGGAAGAGGAAGAAGAAGCGAGGGCAAGUGUAGAGAUAUCUGAGAAACUUCACACUCAAUAUGGAACCCCAAUGUUUGAUACCCCUGGGCAUGCUCUACAUCCAGGGGAACCAACCCUUGGAGAAGUGGAGGAGCGGUGCCUCAGCCCAGAUGACAGCACAGUGAAGAUGGCUUCUCCUCCGCCAUCUGGCCCACCCAGUGCCACCCACACACCCUUUCAUCAGUCCCCAGUGGAAGAAAAGUCUGAGCCCCAAGACUUUCAAGAAGAAGAGUCCUGGAGAGACACUAAGCAUACACCAGGUGUGAACAAGGAAGGUGCUGCAAAGCAGACAGUCAAGCCAGGGCCUGAAGAGGGUACACUAGAGAAGGAGGAGAUGGUGAUACCUCCCAGGAGCCCUAAGACCCAGGAAGCACCUGUCAGCAUUGUUGGGGGACAAACAGGCUGCACCAUUCAACUGUUGCCAGAACAGGACAAAGCAAUAGUCUUUGAAACCAUGGAGGCAGGAAUUGGGCUCCCAGGCCCAAUUCUGGAGGCAGAAGCCCUUCCCAGAGAAUUGAGGACAUCACUUCAAGAACCUGGUGAACCUCAAAAAGAAGUGCUCCAGUUCCCUGACCAAAGCCUGUCUCCUGAAGAUGCAGAGUCCCUUUCUGUCCUCAGCGUGGUCUCCCCAGAUACUGCCAAACAAGAGGCCACUCCCAGGUCUCCCUGUGGUCUGACAGAACAGCACCUACAUAAAGAUCUUUGGCCAGAGGCAUCUCCAGAAGACACGCAGUCACUCUCUCUCUCAGAAGAAAGUCCCAGCAAGGAGACCUCUCUGGACAUCUCUUCAAAGCAGCUCUCUCCAGAAAGCCUCAGCACCCUCCAGUUUGGGGAGCUAAGCCUAGCAAAAGAAGAAAAGGGGCCUCUAAUGCAGGCUGAGGACAUCUCUCACCACCUAGCUCCUAUGUCUAUUCCAGAGCCCCAUGCUGCCACAGUGUAUCCUACCACAGAUGGCAUCACAGGAUACUCUGCACAGACUGAUAUCAUAGAGAGCCCUGACGAAAAAUUACCUGCCAGCUCUUUCUCUCACACUACAUUGUCAGGAGAUGGGAAGCAAUCACCUGGGGUAAUCACAAGCCCUGGUGAACACAUUUUGACAUCUGACAGCUCCCUCACCAAGAGUCCUGAGUCUUUGCCAAGCCCUAUCAUGGAGGACAUUGCCAUGGAGUGGGAAGGUAAAGUUGAAGGGUGGAAAGAGAGAGCUCCGGAGCAGAAGGACAAGGAACCUGAGCCAAAAGAUGAAGACCUACAGCAGGACAAAACUUUGCAGCAGAAAGAUAUUGUUGUAGAACAGAAGGAUACUGCCAUACACCAGAAAAAUGAGGCCUUAGAAGAAAAGAAUAAGACUAUGGAACAGCAGGAUAAGGCUUUAGAACAAAAAGGCAGAGACUUAAACCAAAAAGAAGCAGCUCUAGAACAGAAGGAUAAGUGCCUAGAACCUGAAGACAAAGACUUAGAACAAAAAGACAAGACCCUGGAACAGAAGGACAAGAUCCCAGAAGAGAAAGACAAGGCUUUAGAACAAAAGGACACAACCCUACAACAGGACCAGGCCCUAGAACCAAAAGACAAAGAACAAAAUCAUAGAGAUUUAGAACAAAAAGACAAGGUCUUAGAACAGAAGGAUAAGAUCCUGGAAGAGAAAGAUAAAACCUUAGAACAAAAAGUACAAGACUUUGAACAUAAAGACAAGGCUUUAGAGGACAAGGUCCCUGAACUUAAAGGUAAAGGCCUUGAACAGACAGACAGAACCCCUGAACAGAAAGACAAGGCCCAGGAACAGAAGGAUGAGGCCUUAGAAAAGAAAGAUCAGGACUUUGAACAAAAGUAUUGGGCCUUAGAGAAGAAGGAUGAAGCCUUAGAACAAGACAAUAAGGCUGUUGAACAGAAAGAUAAGGUUCUAGAAGAAAAGGACAAAUUGCAGGGGCAGGAGAACUUUGUGCAGGAGGAUAAAACCAUGAAACCAAAGGAGACAAUCCUAGAGAAAAAGUCUCCAGAAAAGGUCAAGGCUGUGAAACAGAAGGAAGAAGCUGUUCUGGAGAAGACCAAAGCUCUGGGGCUAGAAGACAGCCCAGUACAGGAGGACAAGGCCCAAGAGGAGGAAGAAGAGAAGUACUGGAAGGAGCAGGAUAUGGUCCAGGAGUGGCAAGAAACAUCUCCAACCAGAGGGGAGCCCAUUGGAGAACAGAAAGAGCCUGUCCCAGCACGGGAGGGCACCUCUUCUGAGCAGGAGGUCAGAUAUUGGCAGGGCAGAGAAGAUGUGGCCCUGGAACAAGACACAUACUGGGGGGAGCUGAGCUGUGAGAGGAAGGUCUGGUUCCCUCAUGAGCCAGAUGGCCAGGGUGCCCACUCACGGUACACUGAGGAACGAGAAAGCACGUUCCUUGAUGAGGGGCCAGAUGAGCAAGAAGUGCCCCCACUGCAGCACACACCCCAGAGUCCCUGGGCCUCAGAUUUCAAGGAUUUCCAGGAGCCCCCACCACAGAAGGGGCUGGAGGUAGAGCGCUGGCUUGCUGAGUCACCAGUUGGUCUGCCAUCAGAGGAAGAAGACAAGCUGACCCGCUCUCCCUUUGAGAUCAUCUCCCCUCCAACCUCCCCACCUGAGAUGGUUGAACAGAGGGUUCCUUUGGCCCCAGGACAAGAAAGCCCUAUUCCAGAGACUAAGCCCAUGCCACCCACGAGGAAGGAACCCACCACUCCCUCAUGGCUGGCUGACAUCCCACCAUGGGUGCCUAAGGACAGGCCCCUGCCCCCUGCACCCCUUUCCCCAGCUCCGGCUCCCCCCACACCUGCCCCAGAACCACAUACUCCUGCACCCUUCUCCUGGGGCGUAGCUGAAUAUGACAGUGUGGUGGCUGCAGUGCAGGAGGGAGCAGCUGAGUUGGAAGGUGGACCAUACUCCCCCCUGGGGAAGGACUACCGCAAGGUUGAAGGGGAAAGGGAAGAAGGUGGGUCUGAGGCUGGAACUGGGGCUCUGGACAGCAGCCCCCACAUCCCAAAGGUCCCAGAGGCCAGUGAGAGCCCUGCCACCAAGGACACCGAGCAGACUGAACUAGAACAGAGAGAGCCCACACCCUAUCCAGAUGAGAGAAGCUUCCAGUACGCAGACAUCUAUGAGCAGAUGAUGCUUACUGGGCUUGGCCCUGCAUGCCCCACUAGGGAGCCCCCACUGGGAACAGCUGGGGACUGGCCCCCAUGCCUCUCAACCAAGGAGGAGGCUGCUGGCCGAAACACAUCUGCAGAGAAGGAGCUUUCCUCUCCUGUCUCACCCAAGAACCUCCAAUCUGACACCCCAACCUUUAGCUAUGCAGCCCUGGCAGGACCCACUGUACCUCCAAGGCAAGAGCUUGAGCCAGACCCAAGUGUGGAGCCCAGCCUCACCCCACCUGCAGUUCCCCCCAGGGUUCCUAUUCCCCAGAGCAAAGGUCCAAGCCCCCCUCUUAAUGGUAACCUCCUAAGCUGUAGCCCAGAUAGGAGGACCCCAUCCCCCAAAGAAUCAGGUCAGGGUCACUGGGAUGACAGCACUAGUGACUCAGAGCUGGAGAAGGGUGCUCGGGAACAGCCAGAGAAAGAGACUCAGUCCCCAAGUCCCCCUCUCCCCAUCUCUGCGGGUCCCCCCACAUUGUGGCCUGAAACUGAGGCACGUACCAGUCCUUCUUCAGACUCACACCUGGGUCCUGCCCGACCCAGCCUGGACUUCCCUGCUUCAGCCUUUGGCUUCUCCUCAUUGCAGCCUGCUCCCCCACAGCUGCCCUCUCCAGCUGAACCUCGCUCAGCACCCUGUGGCUCCCUUGCCUUCUCUGGGGACCGAGCUCUGGCCUUGGCUCCAGGACCCCCAACCAGACCCCGGCAUGAUGAGUACCUGGAAGUGAGUAAGGCCCCCAGCCUGGACUCCUCACUGCCUCAGCUCCCAUCACCCAGCUCUCCUGGGGCCCCUCUCCUCUCCAGUCUGCCACGACCUGCAUCACCAGCCCUGUCCGAAGGGUCCUCCUCUGAGGCUACCACACCUGUGAUUUCAAGUGUGGCUGAAUGCUUCCCUCCAGAUCUGGAGGCUGCAGAAAGGGGCCCUGGAGAGCUGGAUCCAGGAAUGGAACCAUCUGCCCAUAGUCUCUGGGACCUCACUCCUCUGAGCCCAGCAGCUUCAGCUUCACUGGCCUUGGCCCCAACUUUGGCUCCAAGCCUGCCUGGAGACAUGGAUGAUGGCACCCUGCCCUGCCGCCUGGAGUGCUCAGGAGAAGCCACCAUGGAGCCAAGCCCCUUCCAGGGCCCCUCUGGGGAUUGUGCAGCCAAUGGCCCAACUGAAGUCGGCUCUAAUCUCCCAGGCCCUGCCACAACCAAGACCGGGAAAGAAGAGGCUGAGGCCUGUCCUGCUUGGGAACGAGGGGCCUGGCCUGAAGGAGCUGAGAGGAGCUCCCGGCCUGACACACUGCUCUCCCCUGAGCAGCCACUGUGUCCUGGAGGGCAAUCUGUUGGUCCACCCUGCAGUUUGUCUCCUGAAGUUGAGCCUGGACCUCAGGGAUGUGCUGCUGCUGAGCCCCGGCCCCACUGUGGAGAGCUCUCCCCAUCCUUCCUGAACCCACCUCUGCUCCCAUCCACAGAUGACAGUGACCUUUCAACUGAAGAAGCUCGGCUGGUAGGAAGAGGGGGGCGGCGCCGGGCAGGGGCACCAGGGGCCACAGGGGGCCCUUGCCCUGUGGCUGAUGAGACACCCCCUACAUCAGCCAGUGACUCAGGCUCCUCACAGUCAGAUUCUGAUGUCCCCCCAGAAACUGAGGAGUGUCCAUCCAUCACAGCUGAGGCAGCCCUUGACUCAGAUGAAGAUGGUGACUUCUUGCCUGUGGACAAAGCUGGGGGUGUCAGUGGAACUCACCAUCCCAGACCUGGUCAUGACCCACCUCCCAUCCCCCAGCCAGACCCCCGCCCAUCCCCUCCUCGCCCUGAUGUAUGCAUGGCUGAUCCUGAGGGGCUCAGCUCAGAGUCUGGUAGGGUAGAGAGGCUACGAGAAAAGGAGAAGGUACAGGGGCGAGUAGGGCGCAGGACCCCAGGCCGGACCAAGCCAGCAUCCCCUGCACGGCGUCUGGAUCUUCGGGGAAAACGUUCACCCACCCCUGGUAAAGGGCCUGUAGAUCGAGCAUCCCGGGCCCCACCCCGACCACGCAGCACUCCAACCCAGGUCACCACAGCAGAGGAAAAGGAUGGACACAGCCCUAUGUCCAAAGGCCUAGUCAAUGGACUCAAGGCAGGAGCAAUGACCUUGAGUUCCAAAAGUGGCUCUGGCUCCCCUGUAUAUGUAGAUCUCGCCUAUAUCCCGAAUCAUUGCAGUGGCAAGACUGCUGACCUUGACUUCUUCCGCCGAGUGCGUGCAUCCUACUAUGUGGUCAGUGGGAAUGACCCUGCCAAUGGCGAGCCAAGCCGGGCUGUGCUGGAUGCCCUGCUGGAAGGCAAGGCCCAGUGGGGGGAGAAUCUUCAGGUGACUCUGAUCCCCACUCAUGACACAGAGGUGACUCGUGAGUGGUAUCAGCAGACUCAUGAGCAGCAGCAGCAACUGAACGUCCUGGUCCUGGCUAGCAGCAGCACUGUGGUCAUGCAGGAUGAGUCCUUCCCCGCCUGCAAGAUUGAGUUCUGAAAGAACCAACCUCCCUUCCCCAAGGAUCUGGUCCCCCAGCUCCUGUAGAGAAUGGCUACUGUUGAGUCCUUUGGGGUUGAGGGAAAUGAAGCUGGGGGUGGGUGGGUGACCAUGUCGUCUUCUGGGGAUUUGGGCUGGGCUAAACGGGAGGCCUUAUCCCUCCCUCAUCCAUUCCCGAGGGGUUAAAAGCCAAAGGUAACAAGGAUAGGAUAGGAGGAGGGUAAAAAUCUCAGAUAGGUCAUCCAAUGUCUGAGAACCCUGGAGUGAUGCCCUCUCCUAGCACUGCCAAAUACCGGUAAUGGAUGAGGAAUGAGGAUGGGUUUCAGAAAGCAACCUCUUUCCUCAUGGAAAAAGAUCAUAUCCCCCAGCCCAGAGACCUCUUUAUCUAUUUAUUUAGCAUCCCAGGAAAGAUUUCCAAUAAUUUAUGUGACCUUGGGGUAGGAUACUGUCAGGGAAGUGCCCAGAGCUGCACCCUUUCCUCCAUCUCCCAUCAGCUUAGCCACCAGGGUCUGGGUUCUAGCAAGGGCCUGGGGGUACACCGCUGCUACACUGUCCUAUUGCUUCCCUCAGUAUCUGAAUGUCUCAAUCCAAAACUUGAAACUCUUUAAAAGAGAAUAACAGAUUGAUAAGCAGAGAAAGGAGCUUAUCUCCCAGCCCCUGCUUCAUACCAUUCAACAUCCUAGAGCAGUGCCCAGACCAGGCCAACUGGGCAGCACAAAAGGACAAGGAGAGCCCCAGCCCCAAUCCCAGAAUUCUUCAAGCUCCCUGACUCUUUGGAGCUUUCACCCACCCUAUUCCAGUUAUCCUGAUCCCUUCCCAUCCCCUGCUUGGCUUCUCUGCAUGUGGUCAUCUGCUGUGGCCUGGUGUGUAAUGGGUUAUAAAAAUAACUCACUGCUUGACAUCCCAACAUUUGACACCUCAGCCAUGUGUGACUCCCCCAACAUUCCCCUCUGCCAUCCUGCAGCUGAAAUGGGAACACUGGCUGCCUCUCCAAACCCAAACUCUUGGACGGAGGAUCUGGGAGGUGGAGGCCAGGCCAGAGGACUUGGGGAAAAUGAGAGGGAGGAAGGGAAAAGGGAGACAAAGCGGAGCUUUAGCUUAACUCCUACAGAAUGAAGUGAAAACAGGCUCAAAAUACCAUCCCAGGAGAGACCCUCAUCCCAAGUAAGCCAGUAAGUAGCCCUACCAGACGACUGCUGGACUGGAAAACCCAGACGCUGAUAGUCACUUGAUAUCACCGGGGCUUGCCUUCUCUGCCAAGCGACUGGGAAACCAAAAAAAUGAGCCCACCUUGUGUUCUUCCUAGCUCCCACCCUACCCAUGAUGCUGUGCUCUGCUCCUCCCCCACACUUCCCUGCUAUCGUUCCCAGCUGCUGUAACAGAGCCGCCUCCAAGUCUAACAAUAAAUCAAGUUCAUUGCAGAUGGUGUAGUCCUGCUUAGGCUUUUUUGGAUUCUACAUGUUACUUAGUUGCUGGGCCCUGGUUUCCACCUCUUUGCU